GUAGAGGUCAACCCACAACGUGGGAUCGUCUUCGUGGAAGGAGGGGUGGCGGGGGAACCGGGAGUCGGAUCUUAGAGAGACCCAAGGCGUUGAAUCGCCGCUUGGAUGGGCUCUCGAUCGGUACUUUCAGCGGUGGCAGCGUCGAGUCUCUGCUCGAUUUGGCUGUUCCAACUCGUCGGAUCCCAAAUCUAACCUUAAAAGUGGCGGAUGCACCAUAAGCAGAUGCCAACUUUUGAAGCUUGCUCUUCCAUGAGUAGCCAAUCUAGAAAUCUUAAUCAGAACCAACGAGCCACCGAGUUUGAUGCUAGAGAAACCGAACAAUCCCUGCCCAAGUUCUCCUCGCACUUGGAUAAUUCGUUUCAUCAGUCAAACCAGGCCCAGCGAGUAGCAAUGAACUGGGAUCCAAGGGCUGUGCUUAACAGCCUCGAUAUCCUUGGGCAGAAGAUCCAUCAAAUUCAGGACAUAGUCCGAUCCACUCUUAGCAACGAAAGGCAGCUGUCGAUCCAACCAAAUGAAUUUGCUGCACAGCAGCAGCUCAUAAACACCGAUCUAACUUGCACCAUAAUUGAGUUAAUCUCUACAGCUGGUACCCUUCUUCCGUUGAUCAAGAAUGCUUUGGCAUCUGGCAUCAACUCUUCUGGACAAAUUGGUGGUAUCGCCGAUUCUGCCUCUGAUUUGGAUCUAGUUGAUAUGCUACGACAGAAUGAUAAUAAUCUUCUUUCAGAGGGAACCAAAGAUUCUGAAUAUGAAGAGCUGAUCAAAGGUUUGAGUGACUGGGAUGAUGAGGGCAUGAAGCCAAUUUCCACAGAAGACAAUGAUGUGAAGGACAAUGAAGAUGGUGUAAGUGGAGAAAACCUCCCUCUUGGAUCAUACGAAGUCUUGCAACUUGAGAAGGAGGAAAUAUUAGCGCCACAUACACACUUCUGUGCAAUAUGUGGAAAGGGAUUCAAAAGGGAUGCCAACCUAAGGAUGCAUAUGAGAGGCCACGGGGAUGAGUACAAGAGCCCGUCUGCUCUUGCCAAGCCAAGCAAGGAAGGAAGCUCCGAGCCCGUACCUAUAAAGAGGUAUUCGUGCCCUUUUAUUGGUUGCAAGAGGAACAAAGAACACAAGAACUUCCAGCCUCUCAAGACAAUUUUAUGUGUGAAGAACCAUUACAAGAGGAGCCAUUGUGACAAAAGUUACACCUGCCGUAGAUGCAAUAGCAAGAAAUUUUCGGUUAUGGCAGACCUGAAAACUCAUGAGAAGCACUGUGGUAGUAACAAGUGGCUUUGUUCUUGUGGUACUACAUUCUCUAGGAAGGACAAGCUGUUUGGGCACAUUGCUUUGUUUCAAGGUCAUACACCUGCACUCUCCAUGGAUGAAGUUAAAAGCCAGGGAAUGUCAGUUCAAGGGCAGAGCGAUGAAGUCAUGGCUAAAGAGGAAGACAUAGAUUAUCUCAUAUCUGGAAAUGUUACCGAGGAUACUAAUUUUUCAGGGUUAAAUGGCGCUGACGAUGAUCUUGGCUAUUUCUCCUCUAUGAACUUUGACUCAUUCACCUUUGGUGGAAUUGACGGGCUUCAGCAACCAUCAUUUGAUACUUCUGAAAGUUUGUUCUCCUUCCAUAAAUGAUGCUGGUUCUUGAAGCUUGUCCAGAAUAAUGGAGAGAGCUCGAAGUUGAAUCAUCUGGGAUGAUGAUCAUAGCUAGAAAUCACAGAGAUGAUACAUAUGUUCAGUUCUCUGAUGGUUUCCUUGAUCAUUUAUCCUAAACUUUGAUCUCCUGUUUCUCGGAGAAGCAGUUUUGCCUAAGCUGUUUUAUCGCUCAUUUGGAGUUUGUGAUGUAUAUCUCAUGUCUGCAGUAAUUCAUUUAUCAGCAUGUUACAUUGUAUUAAAACUCACACUGUCAUUUGAUUCAGAUCUUCCAUGUUGAUACUGAACUUCCAUUUUGACUGUUCCUUGAAAAUUUAUUACAGUUUGUUGCUCUUUCUUUCUUUCAAGUGAUA